GCCCCGAUUGUGAGUUUGGAUUUUCUAAUCGAUGAUCGACUUUUUUCGAUUAUAGAUUGUCGAUUACUUUAUUUCAUAUUGUAAGUAUCGAUUUCGAUCGAAACUUUUCGAUUGGUCGUCGAUUUUCGAUUGUUAUUUUCUAAUCGACGGGGAAGAAAGCUGAUGUCCAGAAGUUUUUUCUUAGCAACAAAAUGUCCAAAGCAAUAACAAAUAAAAAACAAAUGGAAAUUUUGGUCAGAUUGGUGGAGGAAAAUCUGGACAUAGCGAAGGGGGUUUGCGCUAAAAGCCAAGCAAAGCCAAGAUGGGAAAAGUUUGCUUCGGAACUUAAUGGUGAAGGUCCUCCAAUGCGUACUUGGGAGAAAUGGCUAAAAGUAUGGACAGAUUUCAAGUUCAACACCAAGAAAAAGAUGUCACAAAAUAAAGUGGAACAAAAAGCAACUGGUGGUGGACCAAAUAAGCUUCAUACUUUCAGCCAAUUGGAAGAAGCUGUAAUCUAGAUGUUGGAUAUAAACACCGUCGUCGUGGACCCACCUGGAGUUGAGUUUGGUAACUUGGAAUAUGCGCAGAAUAAUAAUUUGUCAUCACAGGAGAAUAUCGAAGAAAAUAAUGAACUUGAGGCCAAGAUUAACAUGGAAUUAAUAAGCCUCAUUGAAACUCCAAAAAAAAGUACAUCGGUAUCUAACAGCAAUGCACCAAAAACUACAUCAACAAAAAACAAACGUUCUGACAUAAAAGAAAGGAUUGUGCUAUUGGAGAAAUCAACAAAUUCUCAGGAAAUUUUUUUUAAGGAAAUUAAAACGUUGGUGCAAGACAUUAAGGAAUCUGAAAAAACAAAAGCCGAAUACUAUCUGUGUCACUGUCGCUAAACCACAACUCAAUUCCACUCAUUUUUAAAUGUUUAUUAACUAUUUUAAUUUAUUUUAAAAAAAGGAAA